AUAAAUAUUUUUUGUUUGAGAAAGGUCUCAAGUCACCUAUUUUUUUCUAUUUUUCAAUGUGUUGAUAUUUAAUGUGGUUAAAAACUUUAAGUGUACAUGAGUAUAGCAAUUAAAAAUGUCGAAUAGAAUGAAGACGAUGUUGCAGAUGGCACGAAACAAUGUCAACGUCACAACGGAUGGAAAACUUCUAAAGCCGGCUGUUUGCAGAAAUUUAGGUGAUAUAUUUCUUUUGCAAACAGACAACAAUAAGGCCAAUAAUUUGAAAAACUAUUUAGUAGAAUGGGUAAAUAAAUCAGAUCCGUUGUAUGGGCUAACCAGACAAUGAUUAUCCAUCUUAUGAUGUCAUUGAUGUUACAAAUGAAAAACAUAAUUUUGAAGGUAAUGUACUGUAACUAGUUGCGCUUAUAAUAAUAGCAAAAAAGAAACUUGUAUUACAUUAAACAACAUCAACUACACACUUGAAUUUAGCAAUGACACCCAAAAUUAUAAUCAAAUUACUGUGGAAAAUAAUAACUUUAAUGAUCAAGAGAAUGUUUUUAACGUUAUAGAAAACGCAAAACAAAAAAAUCAUGAUGACAUUUAUGGCAAAUCAAGUGUUAUUUUGGGAACACCUGUAUCGUCUGUUGAAAAUCCAACGGCUAUGGAACAGGAUAAUGAUGACAUCAAUGGCGAACCAAGUGUAAUUUUGGGCACAGCUGAAUCAUUAGUUGGGAGUUUUGAAGUACAUCUAAAUACAAAUCAUCAAAAUAAAAGAAUGUCUAGAGUAAGGUUGAAAGGUGCUACCAGACAAUUCAGAAUUUAUCGAAAUCAAAAAAGAAAUACUGGUUUGGAAUAUACAACUAAUACAGGGAAAACAGUCAAACCCCGAGCAUCUAAAAUACUUCUAGAUUGUAAAGCCAAAUGUAAAAGUAAAAUACAAGAUGAUUUACGUGAGCAAUUGUUUAACAUGUAUUGGGCCAUGGGUAGUUUUAAUAGACAAACCUCUUAUAUGUCUAAACUUAUUACAUGUUAUCCUAAGAAAAGUUGUAGAAAAUGAAGGGAUACACCAGAAAAACAAAAACCAUAGGAAAAGACAUAAAUACUGUGUACCAAGAGAUGGUGAUUUAAUACAGGCAUGUAAAGGUUGUUUUAUGAGAAUAUUUUGUGAAAGAACUAAGUUUUUAAGAAAUAUUUGUACUAAUAAGCUAAAUUCACCUGCACAACGAUGCUCUCCAGAUAAAAGAGGUUGUGCACCACCUGGAAACAAACGCUGUCAAGAUAGUAUUAAUUUAUUGAUUAACAAUAUUAACUCACUCCCUAGUUACAAGAGUCAUUAUUGUAUAAAGGAGACCUCUAAAAAGUAUUUACCAAGUCACUUUACAUUGCAACGAGCUUAUGAUGAAUGCAAAAUAAGUGUAGAAGAGCCAGUUAGUCGAACACUAUUUGAAAAAUAUUUUAAAGCUGCAGGGUUGAAAGUUAAAAACCCCAAGAAUGAUACAUGUACACAGUGUGACAAGUAUAAAAUCAAGCUUACUGAUAAUAUUAUAACAACCGAUCAAAAGAAUAAGAUAAUUGAAGAUAAAAUACUACAUCAAAAUGAAGCUGAGCAAGCCUAUGAAUCGAAAAGAAAUGACAUAGCAACUAUGUCCACAAACUAUUGUGCUUUGUCAUUGGAUUUACAACAGUGUCUGCCGACCCCCUCAUUAGAAAGCUCUGUUGCAUUUUAUAAACGCCAAUUGUGGACCUAUAACUUAACUGUGCACAAUUGUGCCUCAUCUAAAGCAACAUGCUAUAUUUGGUAUGAAACUAUAGCCAAACGAGGGGCUAAUGAAAUUGGUUCAUGUGUAUACAACUAUUUAUCUAAUUUACCAAAAAAUAUUACUCAUGUAACCAAGUACAGUGAUUGCUGCCCUGGGCAAAAUAAAAAUAGCAUCCUCAUGGCUAUGUGUCUGUUUUUUUUGGAUCAACAGGAAACAAUUGAUCAUAAAUUUAUGGUGCCGGGCCGCUCAAGAAUGGAGUGUGACUCGGAUCACGCUAAAAUUGAAAAAGCUUGGAAAACAUUUCCUUCAUCUAUUAGUCAUCCAUAUGAUUGGAUGCAAUUAAAUAGAUUUGCAAGAAAAAAUAAGUUUUUGGUAGUAGAAAUGGUGCAAGAAAUGUUUUUUGACUUCAACAAAUUAUUGAAAAAAUCUUAUCAAAUGAAGAAAACCAAUGAAAAUAAAGAAAAAUUUGUUUUUUGAGAUGUUAAGUGGAUUCGGUACAUUAAAAAUGAAAAAGGUAUAGUAUCUAAUAAGACUUCCCUUGGUUUAAAUGAGAAAUUCCUCAAAUUGAACUUAAACAGGAAAAAUGCAACUUCAAUGGAAAUUGAAAGAGCAUACUAUGAUAUGUUAUGUAUAACUGAA